AAUUAGUUGGAUUGUAUUGAAGAUCUGAAAUCAGUGGAUAACGUUGUCAUAGUUACGAAUUUAUAAUUAUAAUAAGAAUAAGAUAACGUCCCAAUUUUAUACGCAGAAAGCACAGAACAUUAUUCGGAGAAAAUAUUAAAAGAGAAUCUGAUUAGCAAAGAGUAAUUUGUUGAAAAACAAUUGAUAAAAUAUUUAAAUAAAUGGAGAAUAACACGAGAAAGACAGUUUUGGUGACGGGAUUUGGCCCUUUUGGUGAACAUACUGUAAACGCAAGUUGGGAAGCAGUAAAAGAAUUGGAAAAAUUGGCUGAUGAAUCAAAACAAACAUGUGACUUCGAUCUUGUCACGGAAGAAUUACCUGUUGCUUACGACCAUGUUUCGAAAAGAAUUCCGCAACUUUGGGAGAAGCAUAAACCAAUGAUUGUUUUGCAUUUGGGAUUAUCGGCCAAUGCAAAAUGUUUAACAAUAGAAUCAAAAGCUUGCAAUAAGGGCUAUUGCAGACCAGAUGUAAACGACCAAAAAUGUCCCGAAGAAGACGUCCCACUGGAAAAUUUAAAAACUGCCAUCAACAUUGAUUCUGUUUGUUGUCACGUAAAUGCUAAUUCGAUAAAGCACGGCUGUGAAGCUUGCGUUUCUGAAUCUGCCGGACUCUAUUUGUGCGAAUACACAUAUUAUCAUUCUCUAGCAAUUUAUCCAGAACGAACAUUAUUUGUUCACGUGCCAGACUUGGACGUAUAUUCAAGCUCACAAAGCGCGAAAGGAGUUUACGAUAUUAUCUGCUAUUUAAUCAAAGCUAAUUCACCUCCUUUAUGAGCUUUUAAAUCGUUUUACUUCGACAAAUUUUAUUCUUUAAAAUUAUCCAGGGAAUGCCUUAAUUUUUAUGAGAUAAUUAAUUAUCGGGUAUUGGGAUUUGAAAUCUUGAGGGCACCACUAGCGGCAAAAGCAAUAUGGCCGACGACAAUAGGCAGAUGCAGAUCGCAGAUGCAGCUCUUGUUGUCUAAAUAAUAAAUUCUUCAAUUUUUCCCCCUCAUAAACAUUUAAAAUGUAAUAUUAACUAUCGACAUUUCAAUGCAAAAUUCAAUUUAUAUCAGCUUGAAAUGACAAAUGAGCAGUAACUUUUUUCAAGAUUUGAGGUUAUGUUGAUAUAUUUGUGCCUAAAAUA